AUGAAAGAUGCCGAUCCGAAAAAGUGGGCAGAAUGGACAAAAGAUUUGCCUUUCGAAGUCAAAUGUGAAAUUAUUUCGUUUGUUCCAACGUUUAGUCCAACGAGAUUUGUUAAUGAUUCUCAGUUUUUGAGUGUAGAUCAAUUAAUGCCAGAUCCAUUUUUUGUUUCGUAUUUGAAACAUAGAUUGGUUUCGAGAAAUGUGAAAAGAUAUUUAGAAAGUUUGAUAUUUGAGAAAAUGUCUAGAGAUUGUGUCGAUUUAUCCAAAUUCUAUUGGAAUGUUUCUCCUCUCACUAAAUUCAAUAGAACAAAUCUGAUUCUUGCUUUAUUGCGAGGAAAUGAACAACAUAUGACAAAUGAUGGUUCAGUAGAAUUAAAUUUUCAACCUACAAACUUGGUUAGUUUUGAAGAUGAUCUUCCAAUGAUGGAAAAGUUAUUUCCAAGAGAUGAAAAAUUGGAGUUUUAUGAGGAAUCAAAUUUAGAUUAUAGCAUGUUGGAGGUAUGCAAGUCAAUUUCUGGAGAGGAAGAAUUAAAAUUAGAGAAGCAAAUUGUGGAUGAAAUGCCAAAUGAAAGGAAACAAAUGAAAGUUAAAUUUCAAUCCGAAACUGAAAAAGAUUUGAGUGAUUUAAAAAUAUUAGCAAUGCAAAAUACCGAGAGAAAUGAUAUUCACACAGCCUUUUCAUAUGAGGCACCUUUUUUCCGUUACGAGCAACAAGAGAAACUGGAGGAGUUCAAUAAGGAGGAUUCAAAUUUCACAAAUUAUUUUGUGAAAAGAGUACGCUUAUCCUUCUUUAGUACACUUGGAAUGUUUAACUCUGUCCCUAGUCUCUUGUUGAUUGUUUCCAGAUUGAAAAAUCUUCAAGAAUUAGAAAUUGAGGUGGUUUCUUUCAUUUCUCUAAUUGAAUUUAUGCGUGGAUUGAGUAAGGAUACUUUCUCAGAUUUGAAAUCGCUCAGAAUUUAUUGUCAUGCUUAUCUUUCUGCUUUUGUUAGACAUUUUAUCAAAACAGAAAUAGCAAAGAAUGUGUACUUGACUGCUUUGAUAGAUAGUCCGAAUGAUCUGCAACAUUUGACUUCCUAUUACAAUGUAUAUUUGAACAAUGAAUUAGUGGAUGGACAAAUUUACGACUCUAAUCGUCCCAAUUUAUUUAUUGAACCGUUUACAAUGAGUGAUGUUAAAUCUCUUGAUGAUCCAAUUACAACCAGAUUACUGGCCUAUAUUACAGCUCCAGAAUUUAAUCUCUAUAACAUUCAUGAGAAAAAGGAAAUGAUAGAAAUUAUAACAAAGCGUUAUCCACUCACUAUGUGUUCUCAAUCAAUGUUUAGCAAUAUAACCAAUCAUUUCCCAAUUUCUGUGGCCCUCCUUCAAUACAUGAUCUAUCUGAGUAAUAUCCAUCAUGAUGGUAUAAUUUUCUCAUCUCUUCCAAAUAAUUUCACUGAGGAAUGCAUCCUAUUCAUGAUACACAGUGGAUGGAAUAUGACCAAUAAUUUUAUGCAAGUCGUUGGAAACCUUGGACCUUCUACAACUGAAAUUGUUCUCAAACAUUUGUCUAAAUUAAUUGAGGAGAAAGUAUUCAAGAUUGACAUUGUUAAAGCUAGAACAUUUCUCCUUACUGUAAUGAGCGAAAAGUACUGCAGAUUAUUGAGAUUUAUUUGUGAACAUUGUAAUGAGGAAGAAAAAAUCUAUCUCUUUAGUUCUGUCAGAUAUUUCGAAACCUCAAUCUCGUAUUAUGAAACCACUAUUUUCAAUCAUAUGAUUAACAAUUGUAGAGAUCUAGUUAUACCAUACAUUCUGCCACACAUUCCUCCAUCUUGCUUAUUGGAAAAAUCAACAAGAAAGACAAAAACCAGUGACAGAUACUUCACAUCUCUUCAUUAUGCUAUUUGCAACUCAAAUAUUAGUACUCAAUCGAUUGCGAAAAUUGUAGAAUGUCAGCCAUCCUUAAUUGAAAUGCCAGAUAAUGAGGGAAUCACUCCUCUUCAUUUGAUUGCUAUCAAUAUUAACAGAUGGUCUCUUGUUGAAGUUUGGAAGACAUAUGGAGUUGAUUUGAAUGUAAAAAGCAGUAGAGGACUAACUCCACUAGAUUAUGCCAAAAUGGAAUAUCCAAAAUAUGCAUUAAUAUUUGAGGAACAAUUAUAA